AAUAUAUCUCUCUUAUGCCCGAUUGCACCGUCUCUCUUAACCGAGGCUUAGAGAUAACUAUUCCUUAAAGUGACAUUUUCCAUGCAAAACUGUCAAUUUAAGGGAUAGUUAUCGUUAAGCCUCAGUUAAGAGAGAUAGUGCAAUCAGGCAUUAGAUUAUGGACCAUUCCAAUACAGUGACAACGACAUUUUGCUCUACGGGACACACCACAACACACGUUCAUUCAUAAUCAAAAAUUACAUUAUUUUGGCACAAUUUUGGCAUGUUUCCACCAUGUUUUGAAUGGUCAUAAGAAUAUCAGGCCACAGUCGGGCUCUGAUAAAAACAAAAUUUAUGUUUCUUCAGCAACCAUAACUUAUUGAUCUUAUUCCAUCUUAUUUGUCAAAAUUUCAGUCCAAAAAUAGUUAUUUCAACUUACGCUCAUCAAAAUUUAAGUGAAAACUGAAAAGAACAAUGCCUUCGUAUGUGAAAAAGGACGAAGAUAUAUCCAAAGAAGUUACCAGGAAAUUGGCUCAGCGAGUUGUUUCUACUCUAAAGAAGAUUGGCGCUUCCAAAAAAAUUACCCUAAAAAAUGUCCAGCAAUAUAUCAGAGAGGAAUACCCCAAUGCCCCGCAGAAGCUAGCUAGACUGAACAAUGAUCUUGAAAAGGCUUUGUCUAGUGGAAUUGGACAAAGAACAUCAAAUAAUUAUCGAAAACCGCAAACCGUGACAAGUUUGAUAAUGGAAGCUAGAAGAAGGCGCCGCCGACGCCGUAGAGCACACCGUAGACGUCGCAGAGGACGUAAGGGAAGAAGUCACAGCACACGUAGGGGAAGAAGUCACAGCAGAAGCAAAAAGUGAACAGCAACAUUUAAAUUAAAAUUUGUGUGGUUUUUUAUAGUGAAAAUUGCUGAAAAAUAUACUUAGAUUUUUC